CUAUGGAUCUGUUUCAAAGACACCACAGAGUUUCGGUAGACUCCUUUGUCAAUCCAGUUGAAGCGCAGUUGAACUAUGCAAAAAGUUUGUCUUCAACACCGUCUGAGGUUGCCGCAAGUGUACAACCCACUGAAACAAAUUUCAGUCUUUCUGUAGAUGGACAGUGCGUUAUAAAACAAAAUAGCGUUACAGGCUCUUGUGACUACAGCAAAAGUAUAGUUGAAAGUGAGGGCUCAGGGCGCCCUAUUUUGACUGACGAAGCUGCUUUUGAAGUACAAACGAUGAAGGUCGACAAGCCUUUUGAUGAAGCAUUGUCUUCAAAGAAAAAAGAAAAGUGUGACGCUCACAAAGAUGAGGAAAAGGAGAACAACUCGAGUUUGAAAUUCCUCGUUACAGAUACUGCACAAUACUUAGAAGAUUUCUUUGGAAGUGAGAAUAUGGAAAGUUGUACAAAGGCGAAUUUGAGCAAAUUUCUUUGGAAGAAGGAAGAAAAUGACCGAAAGAAGAGUGUUCCCGUCAUCGAUAACAAAACGUGCAAUGCAAGAGGAUACAAGUCACUUAGUUUAUUAUGCGAGAAUUUUAUAAAACUCUACGGAAAUCACUCCAAUGAAGAAUUCUUUGUUGAUGAAGUAGCGGAAAUUUUACACGUUGAGCGCAGGCGAAUUUAUGAUAUUGUCAAUGUUUUGGAAAGUCUUGGUAUUGUAGUAAAGAAGAAACGUAACCACUACAAGUGGCAGGGAGUUGAUCGAAUCCCCUUUACACUGAUUGCUCUGAAAGUUUCUAGCGAGGUGGAAAAUGACGUCAAACAACAGAACACUUCAACAAUGGAGGCCGUUGAGUCUUUAACGUGUUCUUCAGAUGAAUGCUCCCUGUCAUCACAAAAGAAUGAUGACGCUGAAAGAGAGUCAGGACUACUCCGUCAUCGAAGUGACCAAAAUGAUAAAUUUCUGGGAGUAUUAACACAGCGUUUUAUCAAAUUGUUUUUGGAGUCGAGCGAAAGUAUCAUAAGUUUUCAAGAAAUAACACGUUUGUUGCUUGGAGAACAGGAUAAAGACAUGAAAUCGAAGACCGGUAUUCGAAGACUCUAUGAUAUUGCGAAUAUUUUGUCUGCUUUACAAUUGAUUCAAAAAACCCAAAAAUGGAAUGGAGAGAUGGCAUAUGAAUGGCUUUUAUCUGAAAUAACAUAUCUUCAAAUCUUUAGUUCGACUAAGUUAUAUGAGGAGAAGAGUAAUUUUAGCCGUAAGCGAGAUUUAUCAUUAUUCAGACAGUACAAAAGAGAAGAAGAGGAAAAAUCAAAAUUAACACGUACAAAUGAAGCUGAUGGAGACUUUUACAACAUAAACAAGAACGCCUUUGCUACAAAGAAACAAGAAAUAGCGGCAUUUAAUGAAGAGAAGAAGGAAGAGAAUUCGAGAGGGCAAGUUGAUUCCAAAGUUAAUAAGCGAGAUGGAAAUUGCAAUGACUGGUAUGCGAAUGCAACCCAACAGGUUCAAGACCUUGAUAGCUCAGGACAAUUUGCGAAUGUAUAUGUUCCCAAUUUCAUUCCAGGCUCGGAUGCGCUCUCUGUGGAUGAUUCUACUGUGCAGCUACAAAAAUCUUUUUUUGAAUUCCAGCAGAACGUUGUUCGACAAUGGCACCAAUGGUUUGAACAGGUGCCAGCAACUGCAAAAAUUGGAAAUGAUGAGGCUAGUUUCCAUGUAGAGACUAGCCAUGAAACAAGUGGAAUAGCUCCAAGUAACUUUCUUCCCCUUCCUUUUUAUUGGUCAAUUAGGCCUUUCCCUCAAGUCUCCAUGGACGAUUCUACUAUUUAUGAAGCUACUUCAACAGCUUCGACAAGAAAUGAAGAUGUUGUCAAAGCUGAUGAGGGUACACGACAGUAAUAAGAUGAAAACCACAUUAUGGAAAUUUCAGUAACGCAUUCGCUAAUAAGCAGAUUUCAUAGCCUCUUUAUCUGCGAAGUUCGUAUUCGUAGUAUCAUUGGCUGCUUAACUUAUCUUCACAGCUGCAUCGUACCUGCUUAAAAUUUUUGCUUUUAUUUGCAGUUGUUUGUGACAAUAUACCCAAUUACAACCGUAUGAAGAUAAGAGGACGUCUUAUAGUAUUGUCUAUUUGAUACUCUUUCAAUUCUUUAUUUCGAACUGAGUGUUGUAACUUUAUGUUUGCCAGCGUAUUCACAUUGAACAGGUUAAAUGUUUUGUACUUCCGGGUAUUGGAAAACUACUUGAAAUUUAUUUGCACCAGUAAAAAUAACAUCAGCUCGUUCUGUUUGAAGAAACUUUCUAUUUGAGUUAUGCGAAAGGAAAGUGUAAUGAAAUGACGAAGAUAUUAUAUAAAAAGUAGGAGUCUUCCUAGUACAACAAUGUUCUCAGUGUCACACGAAAUUUUAUGGUAAAGGCAUGCUAAGUUUAGAGUAAAACUUAGAAAAGGAUU